AUGAGUAAAAAACUACCGGCGCAAUUGACCGAACAGGUCGUGGGCGGCGAGGCCGGGCGGCGCAACCAGCAGAUAUCCUGUUCUCCGGCGCGGCGAGGCCCGAGCAGACGGCGUGUACUGCGGCGAUGCGGUGGGGGUGGGAAUGGGGUGAUGGGUGAGUGGGCAUGGUGGGUGGGCCUCGUCUUCGGCGCCGUCCCACUGCUCUGCUUCGCCGCCUGGCACGCCACCGAUGCCUGGUACAACGCCGUCUUCGCCCUCAAACACCGCAACAAGAAGAGCACAAACGGCGACCGCCGCCGCAUCCCGCCAGGCCACAUGGGCAUCCCCUUCCUCGGCGAGACGCUGUCGCUGCUCUGGUACUUCAAGCUCGCCCGUCGCCCGGACGAGUUCAUCGGCGCCAAGAAGCGCGCCUACGGCGGGAAACCGGGGUUGUACCGUUCGCAUCUCUUCGGGUCGCCCGCCAUCAUCGCCUGCUCCCCGGCGGCCAACAAGUUCGUCCUCCAGUCCGCAGAAUGCUUCGGCAUACGGUGGCCGGUGGCCGAGCUGGUUGGCGUCACGUCCGUGGUGAACGUGGAGGGCCGCAGCCACGAGAGGCUCCGCGGGUUCAUCCUCGCCGCCAUCAGCCGGCCCAGCUCCCUCCGGAGCAUUGCCAGCAUGGUGCAGCCCAACGUCGUGGCGGCGCUGCAGGCGUGGGCGGACAAGGGCACUAUCAUCGCCGUCACCGAGAUCAGAAAAGUGACGUUCACCAACAUCUGCAAGAUGUUUGUCAGCAUGGAGCCGUCACCUCUCACGGACAAGAUCGAUCAAUGGUUCCACGGAUUGCUGGCUGGCUUCAGAGCAUUCCCAUUGGAUUUUCCAGGAACAGCAUCCCAUGCCGCUCGGAAGUGCCGUCGGAACUUGGAUGCGGCCUUUCAGGAGGAGCUGGAGGCGAGGAAGAAGGUGGGCAAGGAGUGUGAUGAUCUAAUGAAUGGUUUUAUGCAAAUGGAGAACGAGCAAGGGGAGAAGCUGAGCGACGAGGAAGUGGUGGAUAACAUGGUCUCCCUUGUCAUUGCGGGCUACGAAUCCACCACCAACGCCAUAAUGUGGGCUAUUUAUCACCUCGCCAAAUCACCCAUCACCCUCUCCAAGCUUCGAGAGGAGAAUGUAGCGAUGAGCAAAAGUAAAGGUGGUUUGUCUUCAGGGAGCUUGACGAUCACACACGAUGACAUCCCAAAGAUGAAGUACACGGCCAAAGUGGUGGAGGAGACUAUCAGGAUGGCCAACAUCGCCCCGAUGAUCCAUCGGGUGGCAAAUAGGGAUGUGGAAUAUGGUGGCUACAUCAUACCGGAGGGGUGGUCCGUGCUGGUAUGGGUGAGGUCGCUGCACACCGACCCUGACUACUAUCAGGAUCCUCUUACCUUCAACCCUGACAGAUGGGACGAACCAGCAAGGCCGGGAACAUUCCAGGCGUUUGGAGGCGGCCCCAGGAUCUGUGCAGGCAACAUGCUCGCUAGGCUGCAGCUUACCAUCAUCUUGCAUCAUCUCUCCAUCGGUUAUGAAUGGGAGUUGCUAAACCCUGACGCCAAGAUCGAUUACCUUCCGCAUCCAAGACCAGUGGAUGGCGCCGCCAUGAAAAUUCGUAAGCUUGCUACUACAAUCAAUAAGCAGAUGGAUUCACUACGGGAAAAAAUCCCCGUGCCUGAUCCGCAGGUGUUGGCGCUCCUCCAGCGAGCGCCAAGUCAGAGCCCGCUGACACCUGGCUUGACCGUCAACAAUACGGGCAUCAUCCGGAGCUCGCAGCGAGUUUCUAGGGAUUAA